GGGGGCAGCCCUCGGCCGCUGUCCGGCUCCCUCUGGGCGCGGCGGGGCGGGAGCGUCCGCGCCUGGUCAGUCCGGCGGGUGGGCGGGUGGCGCGGGCUGGAGCCGAGGCCGGGCGGGGUCGGGAGGCCCGGGCACCUGCUCCGGCCAGGCGCGCGCCCCGGAGGGGCCAGUCGUGCUCGGCCCUGGAGUCCGGGCGCCGCCGGCGGGGCCGAGGGUCGCGCUCGGCCAGCUGACCCGGGCUCCCCAGCCUCCGCCCCGGGCGUCUCGGGAUCCCCUGCUUCCGGGCCCCUCGCUCUCAGGGGCGCUCCCCUUUUGUACCGGGAGGCCGGAUGGUUGAGUGCCCUGAAGGGCCUGGCCGGGCCGCGGGGUCGGCCCUGCUGGCGGCUGUAGCGGAGCCCCUGCCCCACGCCACCGCCUUUCUUCAGGUAAACAGGCGGCGGCGCGUCCUGCUUGGCCCUAGACGUCUCCAUGGUCACUCUCGCCCUCAGUCGGUCUUCACAUUAAGGAGGGCCGGGCUGGGGUUGGCCUCGGGCUGUAAACACUGCCCUUCUCGGUUGGGCGGCUGUGCUUUAGGCGGCACUAGUCUGGGAGUUGUCUUGAGGCUUUCAGCAAGCCAUUUCCGCGCUGGGCCUCAGUUUCCCCAUCUGAUCAGUGAGGGUUUUAGAUUAGCUCUCUAAAGACCCCUGUAGCUUUACCGUUCUGUCUGUGUCUGAAAUUGGAAGGGUUGUCCCUGGUUCAAGAUACUGGGCAGUUUCACUGAAGACUUUUUGCAAAUGUGGACUUUUUAGCCAGUUAAUGCACUUGGUUUCGGACAGGCUUUAAAAUGAUUCCAAGACGCGUUUGGAAACCUUACCUUAAUAUUUCAUCCCUUGCUUUUGUCCCUAGUAGUAGUCAGUCACAUCCCGCUGAGUUUUUGCAUGCAAAAUUUUUUUUGUUGUUUAUAUUUGCCCAUUUUCUCUUUGUUCCUUAGUCCAGGCCCUCUUUGCUUCACAUCUGGAUUAUUGCAGCAGCUUCUUAGUUGGUCUGUGACUUCAGAAGUCCCCCGCCUCCCCCCUCCUUCCUUUAUGCUAAUGCCAAACUUAAUAUAGGAAGUCAGAAAGAGAGUUGAGUGCUUGCUUGAUUAUUAAAUGUCAAGAUGCUGUUCCAUAUGGUGGGGGAAAGUAGUGGAAGACCCCCAGCCUCCAAGCAGCUUUACCCUAGGUGCUGACACUUUACCUGUGAAAAGGUAAUUGAUGAGACAGGGCUGUAUGCCAUAGAAUUAAGAGGAAGGAGAGAUGGAGGUCACUAGAGGCUGAGUGGUCAGGGAAGGCUUAGCGAGGAGGCAGGAUUUGAGCUGGCUGUUAAAGGAUGAGUAGGAUUCAGCUAGGAAAAGAGGAAUUGGGCCCAGUGAUCUGAUGGAGUUAGUGAAUAGACCAGUCUCCUUGUAGAUAAGUGUUCAUCUAGGAAGGCAAUAAGAGGAAAGAUUGGUUGAGGCUUGUUCCUGAAAGAACUUGAACACUAGGCCCACAUUGAAGCUAUUUGAAAGGCAGUGGUGAGCAGCAGGAGACUCGGGUGGUUUGUGAUGAUUUGCAGGAGGAGAAAGGAGACGCUAGGGGCCAGAACAGCUAAGGGGCCACGGCACUGAGUAGUGUCCUCUUGUCUGCCACAUUGUGUCCAGCCAUUGCCCACCCUGUCUUUUCAGGACUCUACUUGGUUUGGCUCCCCCUCACCUCCCGGCACCUUAUGGCACCUUAUUCCUUGCUUCUCCUUCUCUGUCUGCGCUCUGCAGAACCAAGUUUAUGACUGCCUCUAGGGCUUUGCUCCUGUUGUUUCCCCCUUCUGAAGUCCUGGCCUCCUUUUUCUUCUCUGUGUAAAUUCUCCAUUUCACUUCCUUCAAGCCCUGCUGAAGAUCUACUUCCUCCAGAGGGUGUUCCUGACUGCCCUACCCCCAUGCCUUUGUGGCACUCAGAAUCUAAAUCGCAGGAUUCUGCAUUUGUUCCUUGGUUUUUGAACUUGUGCUUGUACCAGCUGGAGUGGGAGUUCUUGUGAGGGCAUUGUGUCUUCAUACUUGUCGCGGAGCCCUGGUGGUAUCUAAUGCUGUGGCCAGACUUUUAUAAUAGGUGCUCAAACAUUUCCUGAUUCUUGUUGGUAAACGACUCUUUAAAAACAUUGUGAUUCCCCUCCUUUUUAAAGGGGAAUCUGUUAUUAGUUAUUAGCUUUCUCUGUUGUAUAUUAAUUUAUGUGUAAUGCUGCCAUUCGGAUAUUUUUGGCUUUCGUUCUUUUUUUUUUUUUUUUUUUUUUUAAGUGUAUUUAUAUACUUAGAGAGAGAGCUCGAGGGAGCGGGGAGGGGCAGAGAGAGAGGGAGAGAGAGAAUCCCAAGCAAACUCCAAGCCUCCAGCGCAGAGCCCCACGCAGCGAAACCAUGAAAUCAUGACCUGAGCGGAAACCAGGAGUCUGACGCUUAACCGACUGAGCCACCCAGGUGACCCGGGUUUUCAUUCUGAGAGUGCAGAUAGCGUGAAACGAAUCUUUGAAAGAUUAAAAAGUUUACUCUUGAUUAUAGGAAAGAAAAAAGCCAUGUAAUUCUUCUGUUGGAGACUGUUGGGAAAGAACGUAAGCUUUGAAACAAGAUAGGCCUGGAUUUGAAUCCCAACAAGGCUACUUACCAUCUCUGUGAACUUGGGUAAUUUGUAUAAUGUCUCUGAGCCUCUCUGUCUUCUCAUCUCUAGUGUGGGGAUAAUAAAAUCCAUCUGAUAGAGUUGCUAUGAGUUUUAAAAUGGAUAAAAUAAAAAUGAAGGAGGUAGAGUUUGUGGCUCCUAUUAACUGUUUAAUACAUUUUCAUUACCACCACCAUCACUGUCAUCAUCAUUACGCGUAAAUCUAUCAAGGUGGAGAAAUGAUAGGCUGCUGAACCUCAGCUGCUCUGAGCUGUGAAUUUUUGCAUGUUUCUGGACCCUCUCCGUCGAAGCACUCGUUGAUGCCAGUAUCCUGAAUCUAGAAUGCUAUCAUUAUGUUUUAUUCCCAUUAGUUUUCAUGUUACUUUGGUUUAAAUCCUGCUUCAUGUUUUUCAGACUUCUUCAUUGUACCCAUUUAAUGUUUUAUAGCUGACUGCUGAAUUUAGCUUAGUGAAGGCCAUCAACUGAAUGCAGUUUAAUUUCUAAUGGUUAUUUUCUGGUUGAUAUUGAUGGCAUGGAAAACCUCACGGAAGAAAGCGAUUCAAGAUUACGCUUCAUGUCAGUAGAAAUGGACAGCAGCAGUUUUAUUCAGUUUGAUGUGCCCGAGUACAGCAGCACUGUUCUGAGCCAGCUAAACGAACUCCGCCUGCAAGGGAAACUAUGUGACAUCAUUGUCCACAUUCAGGGUCAGCCAUUCCGAGCCCACAAAGCAGUCCUCGCUGCCAGCUCCCCCUAUUUCCGGGACCAUUCAGCAUUAAGUACCAUGAGUGGCUUGUCAAUAUCUGUGAUUAAAAAUCCCAAUGUGUUUGAACAGUUGCUUUCAUUUUGUUACACUGGAAGAAUGUCCUUGCAGCUGAAGGAUGUUGUCAGUUUUCUGACUGCAGCCAGCUUUCUUCAGAUGCAGUGUGUCAUUGACAAGUGCACGCAGAUCCUGGAGAGCAUCCAUUCAAAAAUCAGCGUCGGAGAUGUUGACUCUGUUACUGUUGGUGCGGAGGAGACAUCAGAGAGUCGUAAUGGAGUUAAGGACAGCAGCUUCUUUGCCAACCCGGUUGAGAUCUCCCCUCCGUAUUGCUCUCAGGUACGGCAGCCCACCACGAGCAGCGAUCUUCGGAUGGAGACGACGCCCAGCAAAGCUUUGCGCAGCCGCUUACAGGAGGAAGGGCACUCGGACCGAGGGAGCAGCGGGAGCGUUUCCGAGUACGAGAUUCAGAUAGAGGGGGACCACGAGCAAGGGGACCUGUUGGUGAGGGAGAGCCAGAUCACUGAGGUGAAAGUGAAGAUGGAGAAGUCUGACCGGCCCAGCUGUUCCGACAGCUCCUCCCUGGGGGACGACGGGUACCACACAGAGAUGGUGGAUGGGGAACAAGUUGUGGCAGUGAACGUGGGGUCCUACGGUUCCGUGCUGCAGCACGCAUAUUCUUACUCCCAAGCGGCCUCACAGCCAGCCAGCGUAUCCGAAGCUUUUGGAAGUUUGAGUAAUUCCAGCCCGUCCAGAUCCAUGCUGAGCUGUUUCCGAGGAGGGCGUGCUCGCCAAAAGCGGGCUUUGUCUGUCCAUCUGCACAGUGAUCUGCAGGGCUUGGUGCAGGGUUCUGACAGUGAAGCGAUGAUGAAUAACCCCGGGUAUGAGAGCAGCCCCCGGGAGAGGAGUGCAAGAGGGCACUGGUACCCGUACAACGAGAGGCUGAUCUGCAUUUACUGUGGAAAGUCCUUCAACCAGAAGGGAAGCCUCGACAGGCACAUGAGGCUCCAUAUGGGAAUCACCCCCUUUGUGUGCAAGUUCUGCGGGAAGAAGUACACACGUAAGGACCAACUGGAGUACCACAUCCGGGGCCAUACUGAUGACAAACCAUUCCGCUGUGAGAUCUGCGGCAAGUGCUUUCCAUUCCAAGGUACCCUCAACCAGCACCUGCGGAAAAACCACCCUGGUGUAGCCGAAGUCAGGAGUCGCAUCGAGUCCCCCGAGAGAACAGACGUGUAUGUGGAACAGAAACUAGAAAACGAUGCGUCGGCCUCAGAGAUGGGCCUAGAUUCCCGGAUGGAAAUUCACACAGUGUCUGAUGCUCCUGAUUAAGAUGGUAACGAAGUGCACCCAAACAAAGCACAUUAAUCAAUGCAUAUUUGUGAUUUGCUUUGUUGUAAUCUUUGGUUUUCCCAACCAUCUGGAAAUCUCUCCGUCUCUUGGCAGUUCUUCUAAGGUUUCUGGAAGGAACACUUCAUUGUGUUUAUCCUUUCCCCCGCCCUCCCUCUCCCAAGGAGCUCAAAGCAUGAAGGGCAACGUAUCCAGGGAAAACACAGGCUGACAGUAUUCCUCUUUGGCUGAACUCUUAAUCCCAAAUCUGCCAGUGAUUUAGCUAUGCCAACUGGUUGACCCUACAUUCUCUGCCAAGAGGCAUACUCUCUCGUUGUGUGCACUGGCACCAGUGCGUUUCCACGGAGAGAGACUAGGAUGCCGUCAGCUGAUACAAAUGGGUAACCUUUUCUAAUUUAAAAUUACUUUUAAGGGGUAGUUAGACAAUUUAUAUAUAUAUAUAAUAAAGCGAUUAUUAUAUAUAUAGUAUAUAUACAUUCUCAAAUUUGAUUUUAUUCUGGUUGAGGUGAAUGUAAGAGGAAUAUAUAAUUUAAUACAAUGUGAACAGGGCUUUUGACUCUGUCUCGUCCCCACCCAAUGUUAGGGUUUUGCCCCUUUAUUUCCCUUACAAAAGAAUGUUGAUAGGUUUUCAUAUAUAUUAAUCAUUGUGUCCAAAAGCAAGCAAAGCAAAUCACAGUGUUCAUAGCUCUGCUUCCUAACAAGUACAUAAACCAAAUGCCAUAAAAUGUAUUCAACUCUAGUUGGAAACCGUUUGGAAUUUUUGUUCGUUGUCCAGUAGGUAAGCUGGAUGACCCGUGGUGCUGACCUUUUUACAUAUUGUAGUGUUAUAUUAGCCAGCCCCAAAGGAGCAGUGGUUUUCAAUGUUUUUACUGGCCUACGAAUCUACCUUCAUUCCGUACUGUAGAAACACACCAGGUAACUAAAUCGAAUCACUCUACCAUGAGUUAGUACUCACACUAAAGGAAAGGGAUUUGUAGUUCUGUCUACAGAAUUCUCCAAGCAGUGUUGUGGGUUUUUUUUUUUUUUCCUCUUUUCAAACAGCUAGUUCAGGUGCACAGCAACUUUUUCUACAUGCAGUUCCCAGGGAAACUGCAGAACUUGGAAUUUGUACUUUUUGUAAAGAUAUACUCUAUGGGAAUUGCAAGCAAUAUAUCUAUCUUAGUAUUGUGUGUGCUAACGAGAGCCUCGGUGGCUCCCCCACUCUCAGUGUUUCCUGCUUAAAGAAACCAACAGUCAAAAAGCCCUCUAAGAUACUCUGUGUGUCACCAAAUCUGUGUGUGUCACCAUUUUUUGGGUCACGUGGUGCUAUUUUUAUGUUCUGUAUCUUUUAGGUCAGUAUAGUUGUAGAAAAUGUGAAAUCUAACGGUGAUAGUGAAUUACAAUUUUUUUUU